CCACGCCCCUCUCACUCACACAUCAACAUGGCGACAUUUGGGGCGAUGGGGCAAAGCAGGAGAAAUGUUUGCGCUCUUUCACUCUUUAUCUUCCUCCAUUUGUUGGUCCACUGCUGUCUGUCAGCUCCGGUAAAUAGCAGUAACACUUCACAAGUAUCAACCAAUGAAACCCUUGUUGGAAAUGCAUCUCAAAGUGUAACUGUGACCAAUGACACCACGAAAACACACAACAUAGUGCCUUCUACCCCUGAUCAGAGCCCUGUAGCUGAAACAGAGCCUAAGAGUCCCACCACGACGAAUGGGAGUGACUUGCCAACAGCAAAAACAGCAGCUCCCAAAGAAAACAAUACAAUAGCCAUUCAGCCUAAAACGACAAAGGACCAGGAAGACAAUAAUGCCAUGAUUGUCAUUGCUACUUCUGAUAAUACAAGAAGUACUUCACCAGUAUCUGUCAACAGUGAACAUGCCCCUACACAAAAAGAUACCAGCUCUGACGUUAUUGAACCUACAGAGGACCCUGCCUUGUCUGAAACAGCUAUGAUGGCGAUAGAAGAAACUCCCGCUACAACCGUCAAAGCCCCUGAAGUAGCCAAAACCUCACCCAAACAGGCUGAUGUGACACAAACAGAGAAGCAGGACACAGUGCAGAGUACCGAUCCAGACCUGCUGCCAGCCCAGGACAUAGAAACGACAACCAGUCUGUAUCCAGAAGAUGAUGACGACGAAGAUGAUGAAGAUGAUGGUGACUUUGUCGGUGAUUUCAGUGAUUAUCCCAUCAACAGCAAUAUAAGAGAGCAAAACACCAUGGUGCAGAGACAGCCAGAUGGUGUGGAGAAAAGUCGGGUAGAGCCAGCCGACAGCUACGACACUGAGGGCGAGAAUUCCCACUUCUUCUUUCACCUGGUCAUCUUGGCUUUCCUGGUUGCCAUCGUUUAUAUCACCUAUCACAACAAGAGAAAGAUUUUCCUUCUGGCUCAAAGCCGCCGCUGGAGGGACAGUCUGUGUUCCCGCAACACCGUGGAAUAUCACCGUCUCGACACCAACGUCAACGAGGCCAUGCCGUCCCUCAAGAUGACCCGUGACUACAUAUUUUGAUCAAUGUUUCAGAGGAACAGUUGGUGCUGACACGAGUAGAGCCCAGAUCGCCUUCCUGCCCGCGUUUAUUAUUGGACUGCUGUGGGGCUGGUUUUGACGCAUUCCAUUGCUUUUGAGGCCUGUAGAGCAGGGAGAGGUUUGUCUUUGAGUUCAACUUCUGUUCUUGGAGAAACUCCCCUGUUGUAUGCAUAGGGAGAUUUUUGUAGAGCUUUUCUAUUUUCCUUAUUUGUUUAUUGUAAAAUUAUUUGUUAUAUUUUUUCUAAAUUAAUAACUUGAUGUGAUUUAAUAUUAUAGUUUAUUUGGGGUAUUUGUCUUAAUGGGAGGAGUGUUUGAGCUGUACGGUCCCUCAACAGUUCUUUUUGCAUACUGGUUGUUUUAUUUAGACUUACAAUGAACAUGUAUGGUAUUCUAAAUAUAACUUUUAGGUCUAUAAUGUAAAACUAUGCUAUACCAGUUUAUUAACAACAAAGUUAGUAAUAAAUUUUCUUUUUCAGAUGUUGUCAAAAACAAAUUGAAACAAAAACACUCUGAAGCUUCAUUCACACAGUAUUUUUUUAUUUAUUACAUUUUUAAAAUAAAUGUGCCCUCAUUACUCUAGCUUUCAGCCUCCAAAAAUCUGAGACUUCUGGAAAGGUUGCUGAGUGUUUAAGUUAAGAAACUUCAUGGUUGAGUGUCUCAGGCAAAACAAUGACAGACUAUCUCUGCCUGACUGGAUCUUCCUGUUUUCUUUAAUUUGUCUCACACCUUUCACAUGACCUUUUCCACAAAAAAACAAAGAAGACAUUGGCCUUCCCUACCACUUGUUAAUUCUGCAUGAAUACUGAAUUACAGAUGAUUCUUUGUCAUUUUUGUCCAAUGUGCAGUUAAAUUCUGCUUUAUUUUCAUAUGAGCGACUACAUUCACAGCAGGUGAGCUGCUCUAUCAGCACCUGUCACCAUGUGAUGCACGUUUCAUGUGUGUUUGAAUGUUCUGAAAUUUUGUCUGAAACUUUACUAAACCCUAGUGUAGAAGGACCUCAGUUUACCUUAAAAUGAAAACUUACUCAUGUGGAUGUAGCCUAGAGCUGGUAUACACACACACACACACACACAUACACACACACACACACACACACACACACACACACACACACACACACACACACACACACACACACACUGCAUAUGUCAUCAUUCCAAGAGCUGUUCUUCCCCUCACAUUGAUUUUUGAGGCCUUUGCUCUUCUUAUAACAUGAAUGAAAUGAUUUUAAGGGUUUUGAUUUUAAUGAUUUUAAGCCACCUUUGAACUUUGGAAAUAUAUUGUGACCUCAUAUUUUUUGUUUUAGCUGUUUCACAAUCACCUUUAUAUGUAAAAUUGUUGCAAAAAAAUCCAUUAAUUGUCUUUUUGCUUUGUCUUUUUUUUCCCACAUUUGCUUUGUAUGUACAGCCUGUCCUUCAUGUCUGAUAAUCAAGCUGUACAUUACUACUGUCUCUGUUUCACCAGAGCACAAGCCAUUUAAAUGAAGAGUGAUAAUGUUUAUUGAUAAGAAUAAGAUGUACUAAUAUAAUGUACGGGACUGGCUUCAAUUGCUAGACUUUCUCCUUGUUGGUUAUUUUAUAUUUCUAAUACAGUACCUCUUCUACUUCUGCCCAGAUUUUGCUAUGUAGAAAUCCUGGGGCUGGCCCUCUUUGGUUUAUGACUUCGGUGAAGUCCCUGUCAAUUGUUCAUGGCCAUUUUGGUAAAAAAACAUUAACGGCUAUGUUUUGUCACACUCAUUCACAAGUUUGAUUCCUACUAUACGUUCUGUUAACAUGGAUUGUCGGUGCCUCUGUUUGUCAGAAAUGUUUGCACUCUGCUUGUGGCCUGAUAUGUGCACAUUGGCAUGUUUUUUUUUUUUUUUUCCCCUGUCAGUCAUUUCUAGUCACCACAGCCAGUUUUUUUUCUUUUCUCUUUGCUGCUGUUUCAUGCCUUCACUUGAAAUGCCAUAAAUCUUACAUGAAUCCGGUCUUUUGUAAAAUCGGUGUCAUCUUCUGCCAGUUUUUCCUGCUGUUUGUCCACAUAUAAGUUAAACAGUGGAUUGGUAGAUAAUGCAGUUUGCACUGUCAUACUAGCUAGAAUAUGAUCAGAGGAGAUUUCCUGCUGCUGCUGAUGCUAAUGAUGAUUAUACACACGGCUCUUGCAAUCAACAGUAGAAGCUGUACAAUCUCUUUUCUGUCAAUAAAGCACAAGUUCGCAGUAGA